GCAUGUUAGCUGUGUUUUUCCACAACGCGUUUUCCGCUGUUCUCAGCGGGCUUCCGUUCCAUCCGGGAUCUGUCCGUGUGUGCGAGCGGAGGAAGGUGAUCCAGGAUGACCACAGCAGCUCGGCCCACGUUUGAGCCUGCCAGGGGGGGUCGGGGCAAAGGGGAGGGCGAUCUGAGCGCGCUCUCCAAGCAGUACUCCAGCAGAGACCUGCCUGGACACACCAAGAUCAAGUACCGGCAGCCCACCCAGGACGCCCCCGAGGAGGUCCGUAACCGUGAUUUCAGGCGUGAGCUGGAGGAGAGAGAGAGAGUGGCGGUGAAGAGCAGAGAGAGAGGAGCCAGAGAACACACCACCUCCUCCUCUUCCUCCUCAUCUUCGUCCUCCAAGCGGCCGCGGCUGGAUCAGAUUCCUGCGGCUAACCUGGAUGCAGACGACCCCCUAACUGAUGAUGAAGACGAUUCGGACUCCGACUCUGACAGUGAUGACGACACCGCCGCCCUGCUGGCCGAACUGGACAAGAUCAAGAAGGAGCGAGCAGAGGAGCAGGAGAGGAAGGAGCGAGAGCAGAAGGCUGAAGAGGAGCGAAUCAGGAUGGAGAACAUUCUGAGUGGGAAUCCUCUGCUGAACCUCGCAGGACAGCAGCAGCAGCAGCAGCAGCAGCAGCAGCUGCACACGCAGACCCAGAACAGCUUCAGAGUGAAACGCAGGUGGGAUGAUGACGUGGUGUUUAAGAACUGCGCUAAAGGAGUCGAUGAGUCCCGUAAAGAGAAACGCUUCAUUAACGACACGCUGCGCUCAGAGUUUCACAAGAAGUUCAUGGAGAAAUACGUCAAGUAGAGUUGGGUGGAGUUGGGUGGAGUUGGGUGGAGUUGGGACUGAACUUCAUUCUGUUUUUCUCUUCCCUCUUCACCGGUUGUGUUAUUCUGUAGCUGUGCUCACGGCGCUGGCUCUGUUUUCUGUUUUUGCUGUUUGUAAUUAAAGGUUUUGCUUUUGUUUA